AUGAUAGGAAGGGCCCUUCAGCUCUUAUUUUCCCCAGUAACCAACUUAUUCGGUCCUUACUUCUCCCGUUUUACAGAUGCCGCCACCUCACAGAAGACACAGCGCGUCGCCGUCAAAUCAAUAUUUUUUGGCGUCGUUGCUUUUAUAUUGGUGAGCAUAGCAUCGUUCUCAUACCUUGGAUUUUACAUGUUAUAUGUUCCAAAAAUAUCACAUGUUAAGCCUGUUCAUUUACAAUACCAAAAAGCCGCGUUUCCGACUGCUUUGGUUAAUUUUACAUCGGGAUACAAUUUUCUGACAGCCGACCAAGCUUACGAUGUCACAAUUGAUUUGCAUGUUCCCAACUCAGAAAGAAAUGUCAAACUAGGAAAUUUUAUGAUUUUUUUGGAGCUUAAUUCAGCAAAGAAAAAUAAUGAAACAGUUCAUCGAUCAAGUCGUUCGACCAUCCUUCACAAACAAUCCGAAUUACUUCGAGUAAUGUCUACUAUAUGGCGUUUGCCUCCAUUAUUACUGGGUUGGACCAAGGAAGAUCAAAUGUUACACGUGAAAAUGUUUGAGAAUAUGAUCGAAGAUCUGGAUAGGCCGAUAUCACACGCGUAUGUUACUAUUGAUGAACCGCUCCUUGAAACUUAUGAAGUGAAGAUUCGAUUAGACGCUCAUUUCAAAGGACUCAGAUAUUUUAUGUAUUAUCAUCCAUACAUUACCGGAUCUACUUUCACCGCGAUAUUUCUAUUUUGGGAAUUUUUGUUUUGCAUUGUGGCGUGGAAAAUGUUGGUUUCUUGGUGGCAGACCAAUUUUCCAGAGACUCUUAAGAACCGUCCUAAGAAUACGGGAAAAAGAAAUAACGGUAAUAAUGGUGAUAAUGACAGUCAAAACGGUGAUGCUGCUACGAUCGACGAAGAGGGACUGGGUGGUGGUUGGGAGACAAUUAAACGUGAGGAUGGAAGUGGUACAAGCGAAGAUAAAGAAAAUGCAAGUGAGGCUGAAAGUGAAUCUGAUGUGCCGCGCGUUGCCAGUAACGUAGCUACACGACCUAAUAUACCCACAUCUCCUGAAACCACUGAAUCAUACACCACUGAAGAUGACGAUCAGGGCGUGUUAUCGGCACAUUCUCAAGACGACAUCGGAGGCUCAAGGAUACCUGAAACUGAUGGUGAUUCGAUUGAUUACGACGAUGGACAAGGAAGCGUCACCCCUACCACAAGGAAAAGACCGAUAAUCGGCACCUCUACUUCUCGAGUGCCUACCACUGGAUCACAUCUCUAUAAUAGACGUGUUCCAGGUGCUGGGGUAAGUGGUGGUGGAGAUAGUGAUACUAAUGUGGGUAAUAAUACUGGAUAA